CUGGGAAGGGCAAGGCUGCAGCUUGCAUGUUACCUCCACUGCUUUGCUUUAGCAGAGUUGAAUGGAACUGCGAGAAGCCGCUAUUUAUCCUGGUUUCAGCACUCUUUCUGCUGGACAGCUCCCUGUGAGAUAAGGAAGGCAGGAGCCGGCGGCAACGGGCUACAGUGUGUGGAUGGGUUAUAAGAGUACAGUGUGAAUGUGUUAAAGGAGCACAUUGUUUCAUGGCACGUACUUUUAUGCAAAGCGGGUCAUCAGAAAAAGCGUGGAAUACUGUACGUGUCAGCUGUGGAUAACAGUACAUGGGAUUUGUUUUCCUCUCAGAUCUUCUCCUACUUUGUUCUUACCUGUUUGGGAGCAAACAUAAGCAUAUCUAUCACAGCUGUGUGCUCUUGCUGUCUGGGCUGAUCCUGUGCUCCAGCUUUCUUAAAGUUUGCUUUUCCAGCAUACUGACUGGAGUGGAGUGUGGCUCUGAGGGGAGACCUUGCAUGUGCCUCAAGUUUUCCCCUGACUAUUCCAUUCGGAGAUCGCAGCCUGCUGUAGGAGGAGGUGGGAUCGCACAUAAACAAGCAGCUGGAUGUGAUUGUGGAGGGUUUUUGUGUUUCUAGAAACAUGUAAUGCUCCUGUCUGUAUAGGAGGAGAGCUAUAAGUGGGUAAGGGGAAAAAAAAGUUUGGAGGGAAAAAUAAAGGUGAUACACAAUUUCUCUUGGAAAGAACAGCAGUUUUCCUUUACCACUUUGAUAAAUGGAUUAGCAUAUAGCUGGGAGACAGAACUGCUAUUCGUGAAGAACUGUCCCUGUGUGUUGGAUGUCACACUCCAGACUUGCCGUGUGCAGGGCGACCCCUCUGCUUGUGAUACCCACUUCUGGAUAACUGGCACAGCCGCAAGAAACCCACUCACUGCUACAAGCAUUGCACGAGGAGAGGGAUUUAACUGAACACUACUCUCAAAACCAAAAUGAAAGAAAGGGGACAUCGUCACAUACAUCAUAAGGCAAAUGAAGUCUGAAACCAAUCUCUUUCAAAGUCUCCAAGAUAUAAGGCAGGUCACGCUGGAUCUGAAUCAACUGUGUUCAGCGUCUCUACUUUUUGAAUCUUGAGCAUGACAGACAAAAAACGAUGACACAGUAGGAUACAAGCUUCAGUAUGACCACACAUCAAGAUUCAUUUUGACUAGUUUGAGAGGGGAGCCAUGAUUGAUGUAUCUGUCCUUGACAAGCUGGCAUUAUCAUGAUCAAGUCUUGUGCUUUGAUUUCACCCAGUGGCCAAGAGCUUUGUAUUAUCGAAAAGAGGGAGGGGAUUUUUAGAAUUAACGUAAUAGGUUGUUUAUGUUGGCUGGAUCGGGUGACUGACAGAAAGAUCUUCACGCUUCCCACAGACUAGGUCCGUGACCAGAGAGUUGUACUUCAUGGGAGGAGUCAUGCUUCACACGGCCACAUCUUGCUGGCAAAUAAUCCUGUGUGUGACCAUGGUCUUGGUCUACGUGGGUUCCAGUCUCGGAUGUCCAGCUCGUUGUGAGUGCUCAGCACAAAAUAAGUCCGUCAGUUGCCACCGGAGACGCCUCGUUGCCAUGCCAGAUGGAAUCCCCAUUGAGACUAAAAUCCUGGAUUUAAGCAAGAACAAACUUAAAAGUGUGACCCCAGAGGAUUUUAGUUCCUACCCUUUGUUGGAGGAAAUAGACCUUAGUGACAACAUCAUCUCAAAUGUGGAGCCUGGUACAUUUAAUAGUCUUUUUAAUUUGCGCUCCUUAAGCUUAAAAGGAAAUCGCUUAAAACUGGUGGACUUAGGUGUCUUCACAGGUUUGUCGAACUUGACUAAGCUUGAUAUAAGUGAAAACAAAAUAGUUAUUUUACUAGACUAUAUGUUUCAGGGCCUUUCUAAUCUAAAGUCCCUUGAAGUUGGAGAUAACCAGUUAGUUUUUAUAUCUCAUAGAGCUUUUAGUGGAUUGCUUAGCCUGGAGCAGCUCAUGUUGGAGAAAUGCAAUUUAACAGCUGUACCCACUGAUGCUCUCUCACACCUUCACAACCUCUACAGUCUGCAUUUAAAAAAUCUCAACAUUAAUGUGUUGCCUGAAAUUGCCUUUAAGAGAUUGUUUCGUCUUAAAAUCUUGGAGAUCAGCUACUGGCCUCUGCUGGACAUGGUGCCUGCUAAUAGUUUUUAUGGUCUGAACCUUACAUUUCUCUCAAUCACUAAUACCAAUCUUUCUGCAAUUCCUUACCAUGCUUUAAAACACUUGGUUUACUUAACCCACUUAAAUCUGUCCUUUAACCCUAUUAGUGUGAUUGAAGCAGGAGUACUAGCGGACUUGGUUCGCCUUCAGGAACUACACUUUGCAGGAGCUCAACUGCGCACCAUUGAGCCACAUGCUUUCCAAGGUCUCCGGUUUCUGCGCUUACUCAAUGUGUCUCAAAACUUGUUAGAAACUCUGGAGGAGAAUGUUUUCCACUCUCCUAAAGCUCUGGAAAUACUUUGCAUCGACAAUAACCCUCUAAUAUGUGACUGUCGUCUCAUCUGGAUGCUACAGAGGCAUCCCGUUUUGAACUUUGGGAGCCAACAGCCACUCUGUGCUAGCCCCGACAACAUUAAAGAGAGAUCAUUUAAGGAAUUCCACACCACUGUAUUAUCUUUUUAUUUUAUAUGUAAAAAGCCUAAAAUUAGGGACAGAGAAAUUCUGCAACUACAUGUAGAUGAGGGACAGAGGGUGCAGAUGAACUGCAAUGCUGAUGGAGAUCCACAGCCUAUGAUUUCAUGGGUUACCCCACGCAGAAGGAUGGUUUCUGCAAAAUCUCAUGGGAGAGCUACGGUUAUGGGAAACGGCACUCUGGAAAUAAGGUAUGCUCAAGUUCAAGACACUGGAACCUACGUCUGUGUUGCUAGCAAUGCUGCUGGAAACGAUACCUUCUCAGCUUCACUUACUGUGAAAGGAUUUGUUCCUGACCGUUCCUACACUAACAUGACCCCCAUGUUCAUUACGGAAUUGAAUGAAACUAACACCAACGGCACCAAUGCAAACAUGACAUUUUCUUUGGAUCUCAAGACAAUUUUGGUAUCUACCGCUAUGGGUUGCUUUACAUUUCUGGGAGUGGUUUUGUUUUGCUUCUUACUGCUUUUUGUGUGGAGCCGAGGGAAAGGGAAGCAUAAAAACAGCAUUGACCUGGAAUAUGUUCCACGCAAAAACAAUGGUGCUGUAGUGGAAGCAGAUGUCUCAGGCACUGUACCCAGGAGAUUUAAUAUGAAAAUGAUAUAGCAGGUCACUGCUGGCAGAGCUUUGUUUUCCUGUGGCAUUUUUUUAUCCACUAAAAAUAAAGCCUGGCAAUUUGGAUUGCUGGGCGGAGGCAGCUGCAUGCAGCUGCCAGUGUGUCAAAUUGGUUUUGUGAAAUUUGAGAGACAGUCCAGAGCUGCUGAAAUAAGGACAGUGACCUACAGGCAAGAACAUGAGUGCAUUUCAUGGAGUUGUUUUACUAAUUGUUUGCAUUGCAAAUAUUUGCAUUCUGGGGAUCUCAGUAACAAACUGUUGGCUCAUUCUCAUGGACAAAUACUCAACAUUUUCUACCACCAUAAAAAUAAGACAAGCAAACAAACAAACAAACCUACAGUGUAGGGUUUACGUAUAAAAUGACAUACGUGUCCAAAACAUAUUCCAGAGUGUAAUUUGUAUCUAUAGAUAUCAUUUGUUUAAGCUGAGCAUCAUUCUUUCUUGUUGGUUUCAUUCUACAAAUGAAUUGGUAUGGCUUAUUUUAUACACAUGCCCAACUUGAAGCAAUACAAAGGAGAGAUUGUGCUUUGUCUCCACUAACAAUGACGUCAGUAAGAUUGGCCAUGACUCUUAUAUGAAAAAUCACAUGCAGUUAAUAUACCACUGGUCCAUUGUACAAAAUGCCUCAGAGGGUGCAGUUUUAAAUGCUGAGAUAUUUUUCUGUAAAAAAAAAAAAGUAUCCAUAUUUAUAUAGGAUCUGACAAAAUAGCAAAUUUACUUUUUAUACAGAAGUAGGUCAAUGAAAUGUAAAUUCCUCUUCUUGAAACAUAUCCCUAUAUAAAUUACAUUUCCAGCUGUGUGAUGUUUAGCAUGGCAACCAUGGCAUUAAAAUCUAUUGAAUAAAUAACCAAACUUUUUUUUUAGUUUAUAUACAACUGAAAAAAAAAAAAAAAAACAUUUUAAGGCUAAACUGAUGCUUAGUUGUAUUUACUUGUGACAAUAUUUAUAAAACCUAUCUGAUUUGAUACAGAGCUGAGUUAUUUUUUAUACCAAAAAUCAGAAUGGACCAGUUUACUGUAAUAGAAAAUAUAUGGUCUUCACCCAAGUUGAUAAACUGUAGCCAACUCUUGACAUGUUCUAUUUAGUGGGAGUCGAGCGUGAAGAUCAAAAUAACCCAAAUGUAUCUUAUGAUUUGCAGUAAAUGACAAAAAUUCAGAAUUUUGUUCUGGUUGUAGCUAUGCGCCAGAGACAAACUCAUUCCUUGCAAUACAUAUCUGGAAAUUGUUAUAAGAAAUAUAUAUAUAUAUAUAUAUAUAUAUAUAUACAUAUGAUACAUGAAGCCAUUAAAAGAAUCAUUGUUUUGUUACAACAGAAAUUAUUUAUUUUCUAUACAUAAAUAUUAGCCAUUAUUAAAAGAUAAUCUAUAUGUGCUAAAUCAUUUAUAUGGUUGCAGCUGUUCUAUAUAGCUCAGAAGCUCAAUGUACUUUCGAUAUUUUCUCUCCUCAGAGCUAUAGCUUUCAGUUCCUUUAUUUAUCUAUGGACUAUAUGCACUAGGUUAAAAAUAGUCAUUUUUUUUCCUUAACACUUGUCCAUAGAAUUAUACAGGAACUUAAAGUAUUUUGCUUAGUGAGAGAACUGUCUAAUUUCUCCAACUGGCUUAUUUCAUUCUGUAUAAGCAAUGGUGUUCACGAUACAUUUGUUUGCCUUUGUGUUCAUUAAAUCAUAAAAUCUUAUUUGUUCUGCUUCAUGAAAAUAAUGAUGAAAGGGCUCAGAUUCUGAAAACAAUGAUCAUAAUUCUUACUGACCCAUAUCAAUUCUGCUUCAUUAUGUCCCAGUGCCGUUAUGCUAACUCACAUUGAUCCAGAUAGAAGGAGUAUCUGUUUAUUAAUGUUCCAGUCAGUGAUAAUACCUGUAAGUUGUGCAAAGUUUUGAUUUGAAUGCUAACAUUUAAUUUAUUUUCUAGUUACAAAUAAUUGAAACAUCAAUAACAUUAAAAGUGGUAAACAUGUUCAAACAGCAGCCAAAAAGCAUAAUAAAAUGUAAUCAUUCUCUACUGUGCAGCCUGUGUUGGCCUUUCUACAUGACACAAUGACAUAUUAAAUCUAUUAGUAUGAAGUGGAAGAAGUACUAUUUAUGUGUUCCGGUUUCACUAAGUGUAAGGUAA